AUGAAUCAACCUACUACUCUCUCAGUCAUCACUAUGCCAAUUCCUGGCACUCGUUAUGCUCCUAAGAAGUUCAAGGGAGACUAUACUCGUGUCAGGGAUUUUGUUCUCCACUAUGAACGCAUCUGUCAUGCAAACAAUGUUACUGCUGACGAUGAAAAAUGCUCAAGCAUUCUCCAAUACUGCUCCACAUAUGUUCGCGAAAUCAUUGAAGGAAUGAAGCACUUCAUUAUGCCCUCAUGGAACAGUCUCAAAGACAAAAUUCUCCAGUACUUUGAUGCUGCAAAAGCAGAGGCCAAAUUUAAAGAGCAUCAUCUUAAACAGCUGGUCGAUGCUUCGCACAAGAAGAAAAUGGGCUCUCUGGACGAUUUCAAGAGCUACAUGAGGAAGUAUGUUCGUGUUGGAGGAUGGCUUCUUGCCAAAUCCAAGAUCACCCAGGACGUAUUCAAUCGCUUUUUCUGGAAAGGACUAUCCAAAACCCUUUGUUAUCGCGUUGAAAACAGACUCCUUCAGAGGGAUCCUACCCUUGAUCUCUCCCAGCCUUUUGUCUUUGAUGAUGUUGUCAAGGCUGUAGAGCAUGUCCUUUGCAGAGAUCACUUUGAUGAUGAAGAUUUUGACUCUGAUGAUUCGGAUUCAGACUCAGAUUCAGAGAACUCUUCCAGUUCUUUGGACGAUUCUUCUGACUCUGACAAAGAGGCAGAACCACCUCGUUAUAUCAGGAAAACCACCAAGCAGAAGAAAGAGAAAAAGCGCACCUCUGAGACAGAGAAAGAGAGAAAGCUGUUGAGUCCUUCCAAGUCGAAGAAAACCCUUCAUUCCUUAGACAAAGAAGAGCACACUGCUGUCAAGCAAGAUGAAGUAGAAACACUUAUCAAGAAGUUGGGUUCUAUGACAAUCGAAGAUCCUAACUAUCCUCUGCUCUACUAUCGUGCUAUCAAGCUUGACACUGAUGCUAGACUUAUACUUCGCCCUCCCACUUUCAUGAACCAGUCAGCCAAACCGUCUCGAUCCUCUCAAGGAAGCAGCAACUUACCCACUCAGCCUAUUGCUCCAUCCACUGCCACUCUGCCUACAGCACCUUGUGUUCCCUUCCUUUGCUAUAGAUGCGGAAAAACUGGUCAUGGAGUUAAUGAAUGCGCAGAUAUGCUUGACUUACUGUCAAAGGGAAUCGUCAAGAAGGAUGACACUGGUCGCUUUGUCUGA